AUGACUAGCAGCCUUGACAAGUUUGAGGAGAAAAGCAAAAUGUCGAAUGAACAUGAUAACUUGGAAGCAUCAUCUUCAGCCUCAAUUGCACCACCACCGUUAUCAAGACCGUGGGUGGAGCUUCCGCCAGAACUCGCAAUGGACAUUCUGAAGCGGCUGGGAACGAUAGAAAUACUCGAGAGUGCACAUAGAGUUUGUACUGCCUGGUGGAAGGUGUGCCAUGAACCCGCCAUGUGGCAUACCGUUGACUUGAAAUAUACUAACGUUUUUAGUUCCAAAAGGGGUCAGGUAUUGGAGAAGAUAUGUAAGAUUGCGGUGGAUCGUAGCCAGGGCCAGUUACUUCAAGUUAGCAUAGCGAAAUUCGGUAGCACAGACUUGCUCAACUAUGUUGCUGAGAGAUGUGGGGGCCUCCAAAAUUUGGAGUCUCUUGACCUAUCGAACAAUUCAUUUUCGGGCUCAAUUCCAUUCUCCUUUGUCAACUUGUUAAGCAUGGAAAUCUUGGAUUUGUCUUCAAAUUUCUUGUCAGGUACCAUUCCUAGGUCAUUGGAAAAGCUCUUGCACCUUAAAGCGAUCAAUGUUUCAUUUAAUGAUCUAGAAGGUGUAAUACCUAGUGGUGGUGUAUUUGCAAAUUCCACUCUGCAAUCAUUUCUUCGAAACAAAGGUCUAUGUGGAAUGCACAUAUUGAAAGUUCCUGCUUGUGCUAUCACUAAUCCUGAACAACAAUCAAAGUCUAAGGUGCUUGUGCUAAAAAUUGUUACUCCAGUGGCUAUUUCAUUCUUUUUGAUAUUCUUGUUGGUCUCAAUUUGGAUAAUGAAACGAAAGAAGAAAGGGAAGUCCAAAGAUGUGGAAAAGGUUAUGGAGAUCAGGACUUAUCAAUUGAUUUCUUAUCAGGAGAUUCAACGAGCAGCAAAUAAUUUUGAUGAAUCAAAUUUAAUUGGCGUGGGAAGUUCUGGCUCUGUGUACAAAGGCACAUUAUCUAAUGGAACUGCGGUGGCCAUGAAGGUUCUGGAUUUGGCAAAUGAGCAACUGUGCAAGAGGUUUGAUACCGAAUGCGAAGUGAUGAGAAAUGUUAGGCACAAAAACUUGUCCCUGUGA